CUGGACUCCAGGUCUUCUAUUGAAGUCGGGACAAGUGUAUGGACUGUGCUGCAGAGACGGGAGCGCGCGUUAAAAUGUUAAACGACCUCAAAAUCGAAGAUCAUGUUCGGACUGAUGGAGGCUGCCUGGAGGGUCUAAUCGACUCCCGCCACUCCUCGGUGUGCGCUGGCUGCACGCGACUCAUCAGCGACCGCUUCUUAUUGCGCGUGAAUGGCGCUUCCUGGCACGAGGCCUGUCUGCAGUGUGCCGCGUGCCAGCGGCUGCUCAGCGACACCUGCUUCUUCAGAGAGUCCAAAGUUUACUGUCGAACCGACUACCAGCGGUUAUUCGUCACCAAGUGCAGCGGCUGCCAGCAGAGGAUCGCGCCGACCGAGUUGGUCAUGCGAGCUUUGGAGAGUGUUUACCACCUGCACUGCUUCUGCUGCUGCGUCUGUGAGCAGCAGCUUCGCAAGGGCGACGAGUUUGUGGUGAGAGACGGCCAGCUGACGUGCAAGAGAGAUUUCGUGAGAGGAGAUGACCUGCUGGACGCCUUCAGCCCGGAACACUCAGACUCAGACAGAGGUGAGGAUGAGGAUGUGAAGUUGGAGAGGAGUCACGCCAAACACAGCGAGGAAAGCAAAGACCCUCGCAGACCCAAACGUCCUCGCACCAUACUCACCACCCAGCAGAGAAGGGCCUUCAAGGCCUCGUUCGAGGUCUCCUCCAAACCCUGCAGGAAGGUUCGGGAGACUCUUGCAGCAGAGACGGGCCUCAGUGUCCGCGUGGUCCAGGUCUGGUUCCAGAACCAGAGAGCCAAGAUGAAGAAGUUAGCCCGCAGACAACAACAACAGCAGGACCAACACAACGGCCAACGACUCGGCCAAGACGUCAUGUCGGGAUGUAUGGACACCGUCCUCGGCCCCUUCACCGGACCUCUGCUGAGCAGUCAGCAGCUCGUCACACUGGAGCAGAAUGGCUACAACACAGACCCGUUCCAGCAGGGUCUCACCCCCCCACAGAUGCCCGGGGACCACAUGAACCCCUACGGGAACUCAUACUUUCACGACAUCGACAGCGACGCCUCCCUCACCAGUCUCAGCGACUCCUUCAUGACCACAGCGGAUGUCGCGUCAUUGCACAGUCGUGUCACAAACCCCAUUGACCGACUCUACUCCAUGCAAACGUCUUACUUUGCCUCCUGAACAUGCUGAACAUCGCAAAUUUGCCCGGCACGGCAAAACACCAGCAGCAUUGUUCACUCACCCGUCCUGCACCAGCAAAAAGGAAAACUGGAGGACUUGAAUUCGUAAUAGUGUUUAUACAGUCACGUGAAAGAUGUUGUUUUUUUUAUUGACCCCAACAAAGUAUCUCAGGAACGAUGUAAAUUUGACUUUCUAAUUACGGCAAUAAUUAAUUCCAAGUUGCUCAACUGGUCACCCACAGCACUUGCAAUCAUCUGCUCACAAACCAUUGGUGUGUGGAGACAUGGAACACAAGAAUUAUUUAUUUGCCAAAACCCGCUGGAU